AUGCAAACCGGACACCCAGAAGAUGCGAUCGCUGAGAAGAUCCUCAAACGUGCAGAAAUUGCAAGAAUUACCAGACAGCUGAAGAAUAAGUUGUUCAAAGCAGGCAUGAAGGUGAGGGAAAGUCAAGGAAAAUCCUUAACUUCUUCGUCUCCACUCGACAAUUCUGAUCCCUUGGUUUCGGAAAGUUCGCCUACAACUUCUCCCUUGAAACGGAAAUCUUCGGAUGAUGAAGAGGCUUUUUCAUCGCCAGCAAAACGCGCACAUCACGCUAACAUCCCAUCCUCUCCAUUCUACCCUUCAAACACUCCGAUAAACUACUUGUCAGUUGAGCGAUCUCCUACGCGGCAAAAGGUCGAUAUCGCGAUUCCGAAAACCCCUCCUUUGGGAAACAAAGUUAUCCUUGAUGAUAUUGCUCUCACAAAAAGUGCAGGUGCACACAAAGAAAGCUUGACUGGGUCAGCUCAUUCCGUGUAUCAGUCGGCAUUGUUUUCUACUCCUAAGAGCUCCAAAACCAAAAAGGCUUUCGAGUUCAAAACCCCAAAUUCAAAGUACGUGAACGAAAAUGAGGAAGGCGCAGAUUUGCUACUCUACCUUUCCAACUCGCCUGCAAGGACUGUUAACUCCAAGGAAGGUAAAGAACAAUCGACAUUCUUGAAUAUUCCAACAACGCCGAAAUCCAGUCAUGCCUCUAUGCUCAAUUUAUCUAGUACGCCAAAUCUGGGCAUAGAAUCCACUCCUCCUAGAGGAACAUCAACUGCGCUUCCUUUUUCCACUCCUUCGCUGCUACAACCGCCCAGCACGCCAGGAAACUCAUCUAUUUUGGGUGCCAAACUUUUCGGAGCUACCAAAAAUGGGUCAAGAACUCCUGCUUUUAGUAUGUCUGAUUACGUGAGCAUAUUUACUCCAAGUCCAAGACACACUCGCACGCCAGAGUUUUCACACAGCUUUGUUAAACCAGCUGUUUUAAGCUACUCGAAAGAAUUGAAUGGCAUCACAAAAUCAGAAGAAAGUUGA